AACGCGAGCUGUCAAAAUCUCUUCAGCAAAGAGACUGAACUCUAUGUAUUGCUCCUUUGGUAGUAAAAACCUCUCUUUUCUCUUCUAAAGUCCCAUGUCUAACUUUGGCAGCUCUACUGGAGUCUCUACUAGAGCCAUAACUGGUGCAUUCAAGUCCCCCGGAACUACAAAAUGCAUAUUCGCAAGAGUCUCUUCCACUGAGUGUCCCAGCCUUGAUCAACAGCUGGGGUACAUCUUGGGGAAGACGCUUGGGAGUGGAACUUACGCUAAAGUCAAAGCAGCUUGGUCUAAAAGGCACCAGUCACUGGUAGCUAUUAAGAUACUCAACAAGUCAGUCGCAUCCAGAGACUACCUCCACAAGUUCCUUCCUCGUGAGAUUGAUAUACUACAAAAGAUUAAUCACUCCAGCAUCAUUAGAGUCCUUGAGAUCAUUGAAACAGACAAGCUGGCUUACUUCAUGAUGGAAUUAGCUCAAAAUGGUGAUCUCCUUGACUACAUUAAUGCCAGACGUACGCUACCCGAGGCAGAGGCUAAGUAUCUAUUCAGACAACUUGUACUGGGCAUACAGUAUCUUCAUCGUCACAACAUUGUCCAUCGUGACCUCAAGUGUGAGAAUAUCAUGCUUAGCAAGGACAUGGAAGUAAAGAUUGGAGAUUUUGGAUUCUCACUCAAUCUCUCCACUGCCCCUUCAAAGACACCAUGUGGGUCUUAUUCUUAUGCUGCUCCAGAGCUCUUCCAGUCGAGCGGAGAACCUUACGAUGGAAGGAAGUCAGAUGCUUGGAGUUUAGGUGUAAUUCUUUUUGCAAUGACUUGUGGCCGGUUGCCAUUCGGCGAUGACUCACAAGUAAAAGCGCAGCAGAAGCUUGGACUAAUCUUUCCUCCUUCACGCCCACUAUCUCAUGACGCCAAGGACCUCCUACGUAACAUAUUGAGCCCCAAAGUCAAGGAUCGCUUUGAUACCUACGACAUGAUACUACACGAUUGGACGGCAUCUCUGCCGGUCAGAGUGCCUCCUCCUCUCUCCUCAAAGCCAAAGUACACGCUAGAGGAGUGCAUACCUACCAUAAGAGGGGACCCAAUAUUGCCGCACAUGACUAGACCCCCUACUCCUGUCCCCCUCCCUCUUGAUCCGGGACAGCCAUCGGGUGGAGCUCAUUAUGCUCAUCAAGCAAGACCUCAUCGUCAUGCGAGGCACAGUACAGCUGCUCCAGCUUCAAUGAGACCAUCAGAUCAUUCAAAUCAUUCAGCAGCACCUGCUCAAUUACCGUCAGCUGUAGCUAAUCCUCUACUGCAAACGGGUACUUCUUCGUCUCAUAAUCAUCAUGGGCCCCGAACCGGCUCUACCUCUACUUAUAAGACAGAUCAACAGUGAAAGGAUUGCAUGAUGACUGAAGCUGGGAGUGUCUUAUUCAAAGCUACACAAUAAUGCUAAUGUUGUAACAAUAGAUUGUAUGAUGCAAAGCCACUUUAUUGUUUUUACUUUAUUAUAAUUAUUAAAAGUAUUGUACAUGCAUGCAUUAUUCUCGUUGUGUAUUUUAUGUCUGCAUAAUUCUUUGAAUGGAGAAUUGGUAUUUUAGUGUAGAAUGAAAA